AUGGCGGCUACUUCUUCUCGGCGCCCUGCUGCUCUGCUGGUACUGGUAGCAGCAGCAGCAGCCGUGGUGGCCCUGGCGGCGGCCGCCGGCGACGUCGAGCUGCUGGAGGGCAGGUACCCGCCGCUGGCGCCGGGCCUGUCGUUCGACUUCUACAAGAAGAGCUGCCCGAAGGCGGAGUCCAUCGUGCGGGACUUCCUGUCGUCGGCGGUGCGGCAGAACGUGGGGCUCGCCGCCGCGCUGAUCCGGCUCCACUUCCACGACUGCUUCAACGCCUUCUUCCAGCAGUUUGUAUACUCGUACGUCAAGAUGGGGCAGAUCAACGUGCUCACGGGGUCCCUGGGACAGGUCCGCGCCAACUGCUCCGCGCGCAACGCCGGCGCUGCUGGAGAUGAGCUGCCGUGGUCCGUCGUCGAGACCGUCGUCGACGCCGCCGGCAGCCUCGUGCUCUAG